UGUACACAAUGCCCGCCGCUCCUGCGCGCCCGGCAGCGGCACAAACACGGCAGAAACCACCCUCUAUGAAUCACCUACCCACCGAAAGAAACCUCCCGUGGGUUCGUAGGGUUUUGCCCAGGCUCUAGCUGUGGAAAAACUCAGCAGAGAAUACACGACAGAGAGUAAGUGCAUGCAGUGAAGGACAGCAGAAGGUAAACGUUUCUACCCUUCGGUUCCACUGCAGGUUGAGCAGUUAAGCCAUGACCGUCGAUACUCAUCAUAUUGUUCUGCCUGGCAUUUAAUUUAGUCAUUGUGUGUCUGAUUAACAUAAAAACACCACAGCUAAGCAGAGUUAAUAAAUAACUUUUAAUGCAGAUUCCCAGCCUCUAGGGUUCUGUUCAUCCUGCUGCAGAGUUCAGCUCUGCCAGAUUUGCAUUCUUUGGGAGUGACUAACUCUAGAGGAAAGAGGCACAAGCUACUAAACUGCUAAUACUUUAAAAUCGUGAAUAAAUGUCUAAGUGCGUUUAUUCAACAUGAUGGAAAUGGACAAACCAAUUGCUUCAGCCCUCCAGCUUUAAUCCAAAAUCAGUGAGAUAAUUUCAGUGCUUUUGCUUCUUGCCAACGACACAGGCAGUGCUGACCUCAGACUUGCAACCUAUCUGAUAACUUUAUGAAAGUUUUAAAGGGUCUUAGCGACCUUUUGGCUUCUUUAUUAUUUUCCCACUGUGCUUAAACCAUGUUCCAUUUUUAUGCGUAAUAGUGAACGGAUAUUUACAGCAACAUCAAAGUCCUGAUUUGUUCCCUUGGAGCUGGAUUUUUCAAUAAAAGCUGCUAAGAAUUUGGAGUUUUUUUCUGCCAAGUCCAGAAUUCAUCUCUCUCAUAUUUUGCUAUGGAAGAGGGGUCCACUGAAGAGUUUCUCUUCAAAGACCAGGACUUCUCCUCUGAACUGCUGAGGCAGCUGAAUGCUCUGCGGCAGAGCAGGAUGCUGACCGAUGUUACCCUCUGCUCUGGGGGCUUUGAAAUCCCCUGUCACCGAAAUGUGCUGGCUUCCAGCAGCCCAUACUUCAAGGCAAUGUUCUGUAACAACUUCAGGGAGAGUCACCAGCCUAAAGUCAUUCUAAAGGGCAUCGAUGCCAAUAUUUUGGAUCAGAUUAUCCUUUAUGUUUACACUGGGGAGAUUCUCAUAUCCACUGAGAAUGUCUUGUGCCUCUUGGAGACAGCAUCCAUGCUGCAGUACACUAAGCUGUUUGAGGCCUGCUCUACCUACCUCCAGGACAAGCUGACCCCUGACAACUGUCUGAGCAUGAUCAGACUGGCAAAAGUCUUGAACUGCCAAAGCCUGAAUAAGAAAGCCAAGGCAAUGGCUUUGAAAUGUUUUCCUCUGGUGGCCUCUUCUGAGGACCUGAAGGAGCUCUGUCCCACGGAGCUCAUCGAUUACCUUGGGGAUGAUGAGCUCUGUGGGGAGGAGGAGCAGGUCUUUGAGGCACUGAUGGUCUGGAUCCGGCACGACCUCCAGGCGCGACAAGGCUACAUCCAAGAGUUGUUCAAGAAGGUCCGACUGCAGUACGUCCAUCCAACCUUCCUCUUCCAUUUCAUUGCCAAUGACUCGCUCGUUCAGGCCUCACCCACUUGCAGGAGCAUCCUGGAGUCAGCCCGGAGACAGAUGUUCUCCUUGUACAGCACCAACACGCCUGACAUCAAACCCAUGGUGCAUGUUCCUCGCAGGUACUCCAACCAGGAGUUCCUCAUCAUCAUCGGUGGCAGGAAGGACAGCCAGCAGACAACGAGGGAUGUCCUGCUGUAUGAUGACAAGACAAACCAAUGGCUGAGCCUGGCCAAACUUCCCAUGCGCCUCUACAAAGCCUCUGCAGUGAGUUUACACAGCAAUGUUUUUGUGCUCGGAGGGAUGCCUGUUAGCAAUAAGAAAAGUCUGGUCAGUGGUAAUAUUUACAUUUACUCCCUCAAACUCAAUCAGUGGAGGUUGAUUGAGCACAUGCUAGUUCCACGUUACUCCCACAGAAGCUUGGCAUAUAAAAAUUAUAUUUUAUCAUUUGGUGGAAUUGGUGAAAACCAGGAAAUCCUGAAUUCUGUGGAAAGAUAUGAUAGUGUCUACAACACCUGUGAGAGCAUGGCAAACAUGCCUGUUGCCGUCCUUCACCCUGCUGUUGCUGCCAAAGAUCAAAGAGUUUACCUCUUUGGGGGAGAAGAUAUAAUGCAAAACCCUGUUCGGCUUAUCCAGGUUUACCAUGUCUCCAGGAAUACAUGGUUUCGUAUGGAGACCAGAGUAGUGAAGAAUGUCUGUGCACCAGCUGUUGUGAUUGGAGACCAGAUUAUCAUCGUAGGUGGGUACACCCGGAGAAUAAUUGCUUAUGAUACAAAAGGCAACAAGUUUGUUAAAUGUGCAGACAUGAAGGACAGACGAAUGCAUCAUGGGGCCACUGUCAUCAGGAACAAGCUGUAUGUCACAGGAGGACGGUGUCUCACCUCAGACAAUGCCAUCAAGGACCUGGAUUCCUUGGACUGCUAUGAUCCAGAGACUGACACAUGGACACCAAAGGGAAAACUGCCACACAGACUCUUUGACCAUGGGUGCCUGACGCUCCAGUGUGUCCCCUGUUCUAACCUUCUCUAAACAACUCUUGGUACUGCCUUGAUAUUUUGUGCUUUUCUUCCCAGAAAGAGCCCACCUCACUCUGCAGAGAGCACAUGGUGAAUCUUCCUGCGGUCACAAAAAGUCCUGACCUUGAAGGCACCAAUGGCAUUAGUCCUUCCAGACCCUGUGCCAGAAAGGCCAUGAGCUUUGCUCACAUUGUGUUCACCUGGCUGAUAUUGCAUGUGGUGCUGCUGAGUCCAGUCUGGAGGCCUUACCCAGCAUCUCAAGAGGAAACAGGGGAAAGAAUGGCUAAGAACCAAUUGUGGGAGUUGUCCUUGUACUGACUUCAGAAGUGAAGGGGGAUGCUGCUAUCUCCAUGGAAAGUAAGAUCUUUGCUGCCAUGCAAACUCAGCUGCCUGCCACAGCCCUGUGCUGCUCAUUGCUCACCAAGCUUUCCUUUCCAGUGGUGGCAGUGUUUAGAAUAGGAAGCCUCAAGCUGCAGUCUUGUAACCAGCCCAGGAGCAGAUGCCUGAGUUCGCUGUGGUAGUCAGCUCAUAAGAAAUAAAAUUUUAAUGUUCCUAUCAGCUAAUUAGAAAUUGGCAAAAGACUGAUGCUUUGAUCUGAACUCUCAUAUUUCAACAAGAAGCAGAUUUGACUUUUCUGAGCUAACACUCUUCCACAGUGAGGGAAGAAUUUUGUUCCAUCUGCCUGGCCUCUGAAGAAUCAGGAGAAGAUGGGAUGGAAAUUAAAAUUGUCUGCACCUUCUUUUUCAAGGGUUCUUAUUUUGCAGGGAUCUUUCUUCUCCUUUGGCAUGAGGAAUAGCAGUGGAGUUAGUUAGGAUGACUUUGGCUGAUGGAGUUCCUGAAAUGUAGAAUAGCAGAGAGGACAUACAGAGGAAAGGGGAUGUAAAAGAGAAGAGGUAUUUGGGAGGAACAAUUUCUUUUUCCCUUUCUCCUCUCUCCAAACCACUGGAAAAAAUCCCAUGAGACAAAGCCAGUGACAGGAAGCCAGCUUUCCAAGAAGAGCAAGUCUAAAUCUGCCACUUGGCAAAACAACUCUGCUUCACCAAUAUUUUCGUGGGGUUCUGCCACUAAGUGCAUACUUUGAAAGGGAGGGGAUUAAUCAUCAGACACUGAACAGGCUGUGAACUGCUGUUAGGUCACUGAGCUUGGUAAGAUUGCUGAGAUAGCAAGGAACUUUACAGAUGACCACUAUCCAGAGAAAGGCUGGCAGAAACAACACCCCUUUUUCUUCAUAUUUGAAAAAAAAAGUGGAACUUUUCAAAGGAUACAGGAUGGCACAAGGGAAACCAUGCUCAACCUUCCUCUUCACAAAAGGCUACACAGCCAUAUUGUCACCACCACAUUGCAGAAAACCAGCUCCAGACAAAAGGAUCCUCUCUCAUAAAUUGAGCAGAAGAGUGACAGAAAUAGUUAACAAAGUAGAGGGCUGGAAGGAAGUAUUUAGUAUCAGCUGCUGGUUUAACAAUGGAAAAUAAAAGGGCUAUUAUUGUUUGCAUGAGCUUUGUGUUCAGGAGUCCCCAUUGUUCCCUCACUUUGUUGAUAAAGGGAAUUGUUUUUGCACCAGUGGGUAUUGCCAGGGUUUCCUUCUAAGGGCCUGAGUAAACCUGUGAAAAAUAAGUGGGAAC